AUGCUAACUUUCUACGAGGACGCCAACAAUCCCGAGGCGGCCUCGCCAAACGCCAUGGCGGUAGACCCCCCAGAGGAACACAUUGUCGAGCCGAACGGCACUGAGACCGGCGAUGUCGCCAUUAUCACCCCCGAUAGCACCGAGAACGCUACCGUUAUGCUCGCUAACGACUUUGUUGCUAUGAAGGACCACGUUCUCCCGCCACUGGUUGAAGAGCCUCACGUUCUAGAAGACCAGAUUUUCACGUGGGAAGUUGUGAGCUGGGCGAACAUGACCAAGAAGGAGCAUGGCCCAGCUUUCCAGGCCGGUGGCUUUCCAUGGCGGAUACUACUGUUCCCUUUCGGUAACAAUGUCGACCAGUGUUCCAUCUACCUCGAGCAUGGCUUCAAUAACAACGAGGUUCCAGAAGACUGGAGCUGCUGUGUGCAGUUUGCGCUCGUUCUCUGGAAUCCAAACGAUCCUUCCAUAUUCUACCACCACUCGGCCCACCAUCGGUUCACCAAGGAGGAAAGCGAUUGGGGAUUUACACGAUUUCUAGAGAGGCGUAAGAUGUACGCCCCAUGGGAGAAUUCAGAGAGGCCUCUCGUCGAGAAUGAGUGCGCAAACAUCACCGCGUAUGUACGAGUGGUUGAGGACGAGACGGGUGUCUUGUGGCACAACUUCAACAACUACGAUUCUAAAAGGGAGACGGGGUUUGUCGGCCUUAAGAACCAAGGCGCAACCUGCUACUUGAAUUCGCUUUUGCAGUCGCUCUACUUCACCAACGCGUUCCGCAAAGCUAUCUACCAAAUUCCUACACAAUUACAAGAGGAGAGUAUGAACAACAGCGCGUACACCUUGCAACGGCUUUUCUACCAACUCCAGACCUCCAAUACGGCUGUAGGAACAGCCGAGCUAACCAAGUCCUUCGGUUGGGAGACACGCCACAUCUUUGAGCAGCAGGAUGUGCAAGAACUGUCCCGGAAACUCAUGGAGCGAAUGGAGGAAAAGAUGAAGAAUACAGAGAACGAGAAGGUGCUGGCACAAAUGUUCAGCGGCAAAAUAAAGACGUACAUCUCCUGCAUCAACGUCCCCUACGAAUCGAGCCGCGUGGAGGACUUUUGGGAUGUCCAACUCAACGUUAGCGGGAACAAGAACUUGCUGGAAAGCUUACAAGACUACAUACAGGUUGAAAAGCUAGACGGGGAGAACCAGUACUUUGCCGGCGAGCAAUAUAAGCUGCAAGAUGCCAACAAAGGCGUCAUCUUCCAGAGCUUCCCAGACGUUCUACACCUUCAGCUCAAACGGUUCGAAUAUGACAUCCAACGCGACACAAUGAUGAAGAUCAACGACAGGUAUGAGUUCCCAGAAGAGUUCGAUGCUGCACCGUACCUGGACAAGGAAGCAGACAAGACGGAAGCUUGGGGAUACCAGCUCCACGGUGUGCUAGUUCAUAGCGGAGACCUUAACGCAGGCCACUACUAUGCCUUUCUUAAGCCUAACAAAGAUGGCUGGUGGUACAAGUAUGACGACGACAAAGUCACCAAGGCAACGAGACGAGAGGUUCUGGAAGAGAACUUUGGAGGCCCGUUCAAGACACCAAACGGGCCCACUCGGACGCCUAGCCAAAAGAAGACGCCCACUAUGCGACCUAAUAGCGCAUACAUGUUAGUCUACAUUCGGAAAUCGAAACUCGACAAGGUUCUCUGCCCUGUCACGGCGGAAGACACUCCUCAGCAUCUCCAGCAAAGAUUUGAGGAGGAAGUCGCUGCCCGCGAAGCUAGACGUAAGGAACGAGAGGAACAGCAUCUGUACCUAGGAAUAAAGGUCAUCACCGAGGCGACAUUCCAGCAGCACAGCGGAACAGACCUCACAAGUUUUGACGCAAACCCGGAGCAGGACCCUGCAGCACCCCGGUUCUAUCGCCAACUCCGAAAUUCGACUAUGCAAGAGCUGGUGGAUACCAUCGGAGAAGAUACUGGACUGGAUCCGAGACGUAUACGGCUCUGGAUCAUGGUAAACCGGCAGAAUAAGACGAUCCGUCCUGAUCAGCCAGUGAUGGAUCUGCGCCCAACCGUUGAGGACACUUUUAACAGAGCUACCGCUCACCGUGAUCAAGCUUUGCGAGUCUGGGUUGAGGUUGCCGAGGACAUCAACGCAGACGGGGAAGCCGUAUGGCCGACAUACCGAGGGCAGGAAAAUGGCGUCAUUGUGAAGAACGACCUCAUCCUCUUGUUCCUGAAGUGGUUCGACGUCGAAUCUCAAACUCUAAAGGGGGUCGGUCACACCUAUAUCAGCAAGGAAAAGAAGGUAGAGGAGCUCGUUCCUAUCAUCAUAACGAAGAUGGGAUGGAGGGAUAAGCUAUCUAGCGAUGAGAAGAUUCAGCUUUGGGAAGAAAUCAAGCCAAACAUGAUCGAGGGUCUUAAGGCGAAGCAGACGCUCAAGGCUGCGGAGCUUCAAGACGGAGAUAUCGUUUGCUUCCAGCGAAUGCACGAAAAGAAAUCCAGGCUUGGGCUUGGAGAAUCUAAGCCCGCAGAGGAAGCCAAAGUAUCAGACCGAUUCGACGACGCUCGAGAAUACUAUGAUUUCUUGCUAAACAAGAAGACGGUUAAGUUCCACGCCCAUCCUCAGAAAUGCGAUCCUCAGCAGUUCCCGUCAUUCGAGAUGGUUUUGAACUCAAAGAUGAGUUACGACAAACUGGCCGAGAAGAUUGGUGAUAGGUUAGAGGUUGAUCCGACCCAUCUGCGUUUCUACACGGUCAACGCCAGUUCGUACAACCCGAGGACCGCAAUCAAGCGUGGACCAAACCAAACGCUGCUCAGCAUUCUCAAUCCCACCGGCUAUGGUCAGUUGAAUAUGAAUCAGCGACCCGACGCUUUGUUCUUCGAGGUGUUGGACAUGAGUCUUGCCGAGUUAGACACCAAGAAGAGCAUAAAGAUUACGUGGCUCAGCGAAGGCAUUUCGAAAGAGGACCAAUACGACGUCCUUGUAACUAAGAGCGGUCAAGUAGAAGACCUGAUUGCGGCCCUUAUCAAGAAGGCGAAGCUGGAGAGUGAAGAGGAGGGUGGGAGAAUUCGCGUCUACGAGACAAGCAACCACCGGUUCUUCAAAGAGCUUGAGAGAGCUUACCCCGUCAUCAGUAUCAACGACUACACAGCAGUUGUUGCCGAACGGAUACCUGAAGAGGAACUUGAAGUGAAGGACAACACCCAGUUCAUUUCGGUCUUCCACUUCCACGGUGAGCCCAGCAGGGCUCACGGGAUGCCUUUCCGGUUCCUGCUCAAAGAGAACGAAACAUUUGCCGAGAGCAAGAAGCGACUGGAGAAGCGGACUGGUCUGAAGGGCAAGAGCUUUGAGAAAAUCAAGUUCGCAGUGGUCAGAAGAUCACAAUACUCGAGACCGCAGUACUUAAACGAUGACGAUGUGUUGUGGGACGUGGCUGCUAACGAGGACGACUUCCUCGGCCUUAAUCACCCUGAUCGGACGAGGUCAUUGCGGAACGGUGUUAGCGACUUGUUCCUCAAAGGCUAG